AAGCCCUUUUUCGUCAUUAAAAUCAUCUCCCCAACCCCCUCUAUUACCCAUCAACUCGCCUCUUUCUGCGCUGCGCCUGUCUUCCUCACUCUCCCAACUUACACUACUUCUAAAAUGGACGCCUCUCGCCACAACUACGGCGGCAGCGACCAGAGACCCACCAGACAAGCCCCCACGUCACAGGCCCAGCCCCAGUCCGUUAAAUACAGGCCGCCGCACCUCAGGAACCAGGGCACUGCCUCCGGCCCUGGGCUGCAUUCCCCAUCAGUUCAGCGACAGGGCGUGGGGCCCUCCAGUGAAGUGUGUUCCACCUGGAGAUCACGGGACCCGCCGUCUGCUCCUCCUGCUCACAGGACCUCUCAACUUCCGUCAAGUCCUGGCAACUUUGGUGUUGAAUUGUUGAAAAUUUCAGGACAACAGGCAAAAGCAUGUGAUCCGAAAAAUAUCAAAAACAGAACUUUGCCUGUCACGCGGCCUGGUCGCCUGACACUUGAGGGAAAGUCAAUCAACCUCCUAGUAAAUCAUUUUCUAGUCAGGUUCAAUCCAAGGCUCACCAUAUUUCAUUAUAGUGUGGAUAUUAAACAAGUUAUAUCUCAUGGAAAAAGACCAGUAAAAAAGUAUAGAAACAAGGCUGACCUACGUUUGAUAAAAGACAAACUAUUCCUCGAUGAUCCAGCCCGAUUUCCACCGAACCGAACUGCUUAUGACGGUGAAAAGAACCUUUACAGUGUGGUGUUACUGCCCACUGGUCAAUUCAGGGUGGAGCUAUCGGAUAAUGAAGAUUUGCUGACUCGCACAUAUGUUGUUUCAAUCAAGCUAAUAAAUGACCUAAAGCUUUCCAAGCUGGAAGACUAUUUAAGUGGAAAGGUCGCACAUGUGCCCCGUGAUAUACUGCAAGGGAUGGAUGUGGUGAUGAAGGAGAAUCCUUCCAGAUAUAGGAUCGCUGUUGAUCGGCACUUUUACCCUUCCAGUUUCAAAGCAGAAGAUGAUCUUAAGCAUGGCAUUGCAGCAUACAGAGGUUUCCAAUCAUCUUUACGGCCUACAUCCCAGGGUCUUGCCUUGUGCUUGGACUGCUCAGUUUUGGCAUUUCGCAAGCCUUUGGCAGUUAUAGAGUUCCUUAAGGAGCACAUUCCCGAAUUUGAUGGAGCACAUCUCGAUUUCAAUUUGAGGCGAAAAGUUACAAAUGCAUUGAAGGGACUGGCAGUUAGAGUAACUCAUCGUGUUACCAAACAACUGUUCACUAUAGCAGGGUUGACUGCAAAAAGCACCAGUGACCUGUGGUUUGAUUUUGUUGAUCCAAAAGGAAGGGAUCCAAUCGUCAAAGUCAGUUUAGUGCAAUAUUUCAGGGAGAAGUAUGGCAAGAACAUUGCAUACCAGGGCAUCCCUUGCUUGAUUCUUGGCAGAAAUAACCGCACAAACCAUGUUCCAAUGGAAUUUUGUAUCUUGACUGAGGGCCAAAGAUACAGAAAAGAGCUUUUGGAUGAAGUUGCACAGGAGAAAUUUGAAGAAAAAUGCCUGGCUUGGCCACCAGAAAGGAGAAAAACAAUCAGCGAGAUGAUGCAAGCUCAUGAUGGACCUUCUGGAGAUGCUACUCAAAAUUUUGGACUUCGAAUUGACAAGGACAUGUCAUCCGUUGAAGGUCGAGUUAUAGGUCCACCUGUCCUGAAAUUAGGUGCUCCUGAUGGUAGUCUUGAUAUUGUAAGAGUGGAAAAUGAGAAAUGCCAGUGGAACUUAGCCGAAAACUCUGUUGUGGAGGGAAAACAAAUUGAUAGAUGGGCCUUAAUUGAAUUUAGCUCUUCUGUUUCUUUGAAGCUUAAAGCGAAAGACUUCAUUAAGAAUCUAAGAAAUCGAUCCAGGAGCUUAGGGAUCUGCAUGGAGGAGCCUUUGGUUUGCCAUUUCACUAGCAUGCGGGAGUUCUCUUCAGUUAGCAGGCUGGAAGAACUUCUCAGAAGUGUUAUUCAGGAAGCUAGGAGAAAAAGUUGGAAUACAUUACAAAUAAUGAUUUGUGUGAUGGCAGAAAAGCAUCAUGGCUACAAGUAUCUUAAAUGGGUAUCUGAAACACGUAUUGGGGUAGUAACUCAGUGUUGUUUAUCCAUUCAUGCAAACAGAGGAGACAACCAGUUUCUUGGGAACCUGUGCCUCAAGAUUAAUGCAAAGCUUGGAGGAAGUAAUGUGGAGCUUACUCAAGGCCUUCCUCAUUUUGAGGAGGAUGAUCAUGUUAUGUUCAUUGGAGCUGAUGUUAAUCAUCCAGUCUCAAAGAAAUCAACAACUCCAUCUAUAGCUGCUGUUGUUUCCACGGUUAACUGGCCUGCCGUGAAUAAGUAUGCUGCGAGAGUUUGCCCUCAAGACCACAGAACUGAAAAGAUUCUGGAAUUUGGGUCCAUGUGUCGGGAUCUUAUCAACAAUUAUUUUCAGCUCAACAAGGUUAAACCAAAUAAAAUUGUGGUUUUCCGUGAUGGUGUCAGUGAGGGACAAUUUGAUAUGGUACUCAACGAAGAGGUAUCUGACUUGAAGAAUGCCAUUUGUGAUGAUAGUUACCAGCCAACAAUCACUCUUAUUGUGGCUCAGAAGAGACACCAGACCCGGCUCUUUCUUGAGAAUGCGGGGGAUGGGAGCCCUACCGGAAAUGUUCCUCCAGGAACUGUUGUAGAUACAAAGAUUGUUCAUCCAUUUGAGUUUGAUUUUUAUCUCUGCAGUCACUAUGGACGCAUUGGGACAAGCAAGGCAGUGCAUUACAUAGUACUUUGGGAUGAAAAUUCUUUCAUGUCUGACCAGCUACAAAAGCUUAUAUAUAAUCUAUGUUUCACAUUUGCCCGAAGUACAAGACCUGUUUCAUUGGUCCCGCCAGUUUACUACGCCGACCUGGUAGCUUACAGGGGGCGCAUUUUUCAAGAAGUAGCGAAGGAGUUCCAGUCUCGUUCAGUGCCCUCAUCUAUGCGUUCAUCAUCAUCCACAUCUAAUUUUACUACAUUUGAUCGAAGUUUCUAUAACCUUCAUCCAGAUCUGCAAAACAUCAUGUUUUUCAUUUGAGGAAAGCUUCCGGUUUUUACAGUGAUGAAGUAACUACGGACGUGGCCGACGACUAGAACCGCGCAACAACCAGAAUCAAGGUGGCAGAAGACCUGGGCCUUCACUGCACCGCGGCUCUCCCCGUCAGCCGCAGGGGGUCAGUUGGAAUCAGGUUCGGGGAAACCAUCCCCCGCCUCAGCAGCUGUCCAACUACAGACCUCUGCAGACGUCACCACCCCAACAGCUGCAUCAGUUUGCUGGAAGAGGAGUUUGGACUGGGAGGCCGCGGGGCUCGUCUCCUCCUUCAC